UCGCCCAUACAUAUAACCUGUCGCAUCCGUGGUAGCCGUGUUCUUCUGUGUCUGUUUCCUGGAAAAGGAGGACGUGCCCGUCGCUCCAAUGGAUCCAAUCCUUCUUACGGACAAGGAGAGCUCCGGCGCCUUCUGGCCCGUGGACGGCGACUCGUCGCUGAUAUUCCUAGGAACCGGCUGCUCGAGCGCCGUCCCUAACGCUAGGUGCCUCUUGCAACCGUCCUCUCCCCCGUGCGAGGUCUGCAUGAAAAGUCUUUCCCUGCCACCGGAAAAGAACAAGAACUACAGGUGCAACACGUCUCUUCUUAUUGACUAUUGUCAUGGAAAUAGAGAACGUAGCUAUAUUUUGAUUGAUGUUGGAAAGACAUUCAGGGAGCAAGUACUUAGAUGGUUCACCUAUCACCAGAUUCCACGGGUAGAUUCUGUAAUUCUUACUCAUGAGCAUGCUGAUGCAGUUCUUGGUCUGGACGAUAUACGGACAGUCCAGCCAUAUAGUCCUACCAAUGACAUUGAACCUACCCCUGUUUAUCUCACCCAGUUUGCAAUGGAGAGUGUUGCGAUAAAAUUCCCCUACUUAGUUAACAAAAAUUUUAAAGAAGGCCAAGAAAUAAGGCGGGUGUCUCAGCUGGACUGGAGGAUAAUUGAGGGCAACAGUGAGACGCCAUUUGCAUCAUCAGGCCUUCAGUUCAUUCCACUGCCGGUAAUGCAUGGAGAGGACUAUGUUUGCCUGGGUUUUCUAUUUGGGAAAAGAUCAAGGGUUGCGUAUAUCUCUGAUGUUUCAAGAUUUCCUAUGAGCACAGAAUAUGUUAUUUCAAAGUCUGGAGCAGGACAGUUGGAUCUUCUCAUCUUGGACACUUUAUACAAGAAUAAGCCACAUAAUACUCAUUUAUGCUUCCCUCAGACCCUUGAUGCAGUAAAAAGAAUCUCCCCAAAGAGGGCUCUGUUGAUUGGGAUGACUCAUGAAUUUGACCAUGACAGAGACAAUAAAAUACUUGCUGAAUGGUCAGAAAGGGAAGGCAUUUGGGUGCAACUUGCUCAUGAUGGGCUCAAAAUAUCAAUUGACUUAUAAUAAGUAAGUGAUUACAGUCUAUUUUACAUGAAAGUCAAAAAAUACUUUUGUUUACCUUUGUAAUGGUGUUGCUUUUAUGUUCUAUACUUGUUCUGUACUGGCUCUUUCCUUGAGACAUUCCCAAAUAAUUGUGCUUUUCAAAAGUAUUGCAAGAAGCGGCAAAGCCAGAAAUUUCAGUACGAGGCACCUGUGUACUACACAGUCAAAUGAAAAAAAAUCUUAUGAACUGAAAUAACCAUUUGCAUAGAAUAAUUUUUCGAUCUUUAUGUAACAUUUUUUCAUCUGUGUCUGAAUUUAAAAUAUUUUAGUUAUUUGGUU